AUGGAUGUCAAGAACGCCUUCCUCCAAGGAGAGCUCGAUGAGGAAGUCUACAUGACUUCACCACAGUGUCUUGAGCAUAUUGUCAAGUCGGGAAAGUUUCUCAAGCUUCGGAAACCGAUUUCCGGCUUGAAGCAAUCACCGAGAGUGUGGUAUCGAAAGUUGAGCAUCACUCUUCUUGACCGAGGCUUCAAAAGAUCAGAAGCCGAUCACACUCUCUUCACCCUACAACGUAAGGAAGUUAUUGUAGUCAUUCUCAUUUACGUGGAUGAUAUGAUCAUCUCUGGGAAUGAAAAGGUAGGGAUUCAAGAGACUAAAUCAUAUUUGCAAUCUGUUUUUGAGAUAAAAGAUUUGGGUACACUAAAGUACUUCCUUGGGAUUGAGGUUUGUAGAGCAAGAAAAGGUCUCUUUAUAUCCCAAAGGAAGUACAUACUUGAUCUCUUGAAUGAAGUAUGCAAGAAGAAUGCUAAACCGGCUAAGACACCAUUGGAGGAUUCAUACAAAACGCAUCAAGGAGAGAUCGGAGACAAUGAGCUGUUCCACGAUCCCAAACUUUAUCGCCAAAUAGUGGGUAAGCUCAUCUACCUUACUCUUACUGGGCCUGACAUCUGCUUUGAUGUGAAUCAGAUUAGCCACCACAUACAAGUUCCAAAGAAGUACCAUUGGGAGAUGGUGGAUCGGAUUCUGAGAUAUCUCAAAGGAACAUCCGGCCAAGGCAUAUGGAUGAGAUGCAAUGGGAGCUCCGACAUCGUUCAUUACUGUGAUGCGGAUUGGGCCAGUGACCGUGAAGAUAGGAGGUCCACAACCGACUAUUGCACCUUCAUUGGAGGCAACUUGGUGACAUGGAAGAGCAAGAAACAAAAGGUGGCGGCCUGCUCAAGCGCUGAGGCCGAAUACCGAGCUAUGAGAACACUGACCAAUGAAUUAAUGUUGCUGAAGAUGCUGCUGUUGGACUUGGGAAGAGAGACUCCUACUCUUCGAAUACUUUUAGAUACAAUAGACCAUUGGCUCUUUUGA